AUAAGUCCAGUAUUCAAAGAGCAGUUAUUGCGAGAAGUAUACAGAAUAUAAUAUCAUUGGAUUAAUAUUUAAAUAUUAUUUUGAAGAAAGCAAUUUAUAAAAAUGAGAUCCAAUAACAUGAAGUUUUCUUUCAUUAUUUGUGUCUGCUGGUCUACGUUAUUAUUAACAGCCAGUGAUAUUCCAACCAGCUUCGAAUUUCCAACCUUGAUAAAUGAACAUUUGUGCAACGAUGAUAUUUCACUAAACUUUUCCAAUGCAAUAAUUACAUCUAUUGGUCAGAAUUUUAUCAGUAGUCCUCUGAUAUCUUGUUUGAGCAUCACAAAUACUGGCAUCCAGAGCAUCGAAAAAGGCGCCUUCGACGAACUACCUAAUUUAACUCAACUAUUAAUUUCUAAUAACAAUAUCAACUUGGAUCAACUUUUUAGCUUUGGGAGUCAUAAAAACUUGAAGAUCCUUAUUCUGAACAGCUGCAAUAAUAAUGACCUAUCUACAAUUGACAUUUUGGAAGAAUAUCCCAAUUUAGAAUUCUUGUCUCUUCGUACAAAUCAUAUCAAGGAUUUGCGAACUUUGAAAGAAGAAACCCCAUUCCCGAAACUGCAGAAAUUGGAUCUUUCCAACAACAUUAUAGAAGGUACCAAUUUUGUAGAAUUGCUGCCAAAUAGUUUAUAUUUUCUUGAUUUGCACGAUAAUUCGCUCAAUUCUUUGGCUUUUGAUAAAAAACAAGUAAACUUGUCAACGUUAAAUUUGGAUAACAACAAUCUGAAAUAUGUAAAGAAAUAUAAUGAUUCGUCUGUUCCGCAUAAUUUGCAACGUCAAUAUAAUCAACAACAAUAUGAUCCAUAUAACCAACAUUAUCAAUAUGAUCAAUAUAAUCCACAUAAUCAAUAUAAUCAAUAUAAUCAAUAUGAUCAAUAUAAUCGACAUAAUGGUAGAUUGGACUUUUAUGGGAGAGAGAAUGAUAAUCCGCAAAAUUUUGGUCUAGCAAUGUUUGGUUUAGAAAAUCUGCAUUAUCUUUCCAUUUCUCAAAACAAAAUUGAUUUCAUCGAAUCAAACGCUUUUGAGAACACUAGCAAGUUGAUAUAUUUGAACUUAUCCAAAAAUAAUAUAAGUUACCUACAUGCAGAAACAUUUGAAAAAUUGCAAUCUUUGAGAUUGCUCGACUUGAGUUUCAACAAGCUCGAGGAUGUUCCACAGAUCUCGAGUGAAACAAUUAUCAGCAUUCUGUCUCUUAAUUGUAAUAAUAUUAAGAGUCUAAGUUCGAACGCUUUCGUGCAAAUGCCGAAAUUGACAAAAUUGUUGUUAGGAGGGAAUGAGAUCGCCGAGAUUAAUGUUAAGGCAUUUGCCCGAACUUCGCUCUUAGAAAUGUUAGAUCUGUCAAAGAACAAAUUAAGUUUUUUACCGGAAGAAUGGAGUGAAUCUUUCACAACUUUCAAAUAUCUGAAUUUGAAUGAUAAUCAAUUUACUUCAUUAGAGUCUUUAUCUCUGACGAAUGCAUUGCCAUUGAUAGAGGUGCAUCUGGCGAUGAAUCCACUAGAAUAUUUAGAUGUUAGCUACUUCAAAAACUUGCCGCAAAAUCUUACUGUGAAUUUGAUGCAGGAAUCACAUUUUGCUAAACACUGGAAUUCCAAUGCAUGCGAAUCAAACUAAUAUCUUUAAGUUAAAAUUACAAUACUAUAGAUAUUAUAUAUUUCUCUAUAAAUUCAAAUUUUUACAAAAUCAAAAGCUUAGGUUUUAUAUAAAACAGCUUAAAUCCGGCGGCUAUAUAAAAUAUGAAUUUUUAUUAUUGUAUUAUA